CGACCUGGCUAAAAUACCACUAUCUGCCGCAGUUGACGAGGACAAGAGAUGUUUGAGAGGGUGCACACACGAUGGAUGAACAUUUUUUGACUCGCGAUGGCCUGCGCUGGGUCUUAUAAAGGGCAAAUCAACCAGCCCGCCGGAUAGUCUCACGAAAUGCUAGCACUGUUUGCACCAGCUUUGCAACACAUGGAUAGCCGUUAGAAGACCCGCAGGCAUGCGCUCCCUCCCGAUGGCGAUCAAAAGGCAAGGGUCCUCCCAGACUACGAGCGGGUACCCGCGAGCCGAAGGUCUUGACAGCCGACUACUGCACACAAGCGCGCCAACAAAUUCAUGUCCUGAGGGUUGACAGAUGGUGCAACGGCUUCUGUUUUCCCUGCCGCUCUGUUUUGUGCUCUCGUUGUCUUAUGCUUGCCCUGUUGCCGUCGGAACUCUGUCCCGUGUGUUGUACGACGGUUUUUUUUAUUUACCAUCACGACUGGGUAGCAUACCUGGCGGGCUAUCCUUGCGCUUACGCAUGCCGUGUCCGUCAUCAAAAAAGGGCGCCCCUCACUUUUUCGGUUGAAACAAUCGAGCUCCUAGCGGCUCGAGACUGUGGCUUUCUCAGGUCUGAUGAAGCUGGUGUCGUCUCUUGCCCGUCAUGCGACUUUCUGUAAUCUGUUCAGACGUACGGACGGCCCCGUGGGAAAUUGACCGCGAAGUUCGCUAUCCGUAUAGGUCAACAAUGCG